AUGUCAUCUUCAUCAUCAGUCCGCCGCAAAUGUAAGACGAUCUGUAAUAAACUGAGUUUGCUCCGACCAAUUCAAAUCGUGAAUCGGGCUUUCCGAUCCGACAGAGUUCUCGACGCCCUAGCAAAGGCCUCCGAAGAGAAAACCGCGAAUAUCGUUCUAUAUAAUUACCCUUCUUUUUCCGGCGCAUUCUCAGCUCUCUUUGCGCACCUUUUCCAUCAUCAUCUCCGCCUUCCAUGUCUUAUUUUGCCUUUCUCAUCCGUUGUACCACUCAGGGUUGAAGAUUUAUGCUUUGAUGGGUUACAAAAGUGUUACUUCCUUGAUUUUCUUGGACCUAGAGGAUUUGCGGCAGAGCUUUCACGUCGAACAUCUUGCAAGGUGAUUGGAUUUGAACAUCGAAAAUCUGCACUUUCCACAGCCUCUUCCAAUGAUAACACCAUGUUUCAUGUUGAUAUUGAGAAGAGCAGCUCUACUGCCGUGUAUGAAUUCUUUUUGAAUGAACUUUCUCAAGUACAAUCAGUUGAUGGGGAGGCAAUUAGCCUUAUAAAAGAUGGAGAUCGCUCUCGUAUUGAAGCAAUGCUUAAGUACAUUGAAGAUGUUGAUCUUCGGCGUUGGACCUCCCCUGAUACCAAAUCUUUCAGGAUUGGAAUUGGUGAAUACCGCAAUAUGCUGAAUUGCAUCACUAAUCCCCAUAUGUUUGAUCAGUUACUGGAGAUGAACUGUAUGGAUUUUGUUGCCAAGGGAAAUUCUCACGAUAACAAUCGCCAUGAUGCUGCCAGAAAGUUGUUGAAUAAGGUGUUCAAAAUUCGUCUUGGCAGAGGAACCUAUGGUGAAUGUCUGGCCACUAGAGCUGAUGGGAAUUCUGAAUUGAGUGAUGAAAUGUGCAAAGAACUUAGCAUAAGGAGUGCUGCUGCUGGACUGAGGCCUAUUGGAGCAGUUAUCUAUAUGAAGAGGAAUAAUAAUCUGAAAAUGUGCUUAAGGAGCACAGACAGUUGUGCAGAUACCUCAGAAGUUGCAAAGGCUUAUGGUGGCGGUGGGUCUCGAAGAUCUAGUUCCUUUAUAAUAAGAAUGGAUGAGUACAAUCACUGGACAACGAUUGGUUACCAUCCAAUAUCAAUGGAAGAAUCCUUGUGACAUGAACAAAUUGAAUAUGAGGAAUUAUUUUUUAGCAUAGAAAAUGUUGGCAAAGAAGUGAUCUGAGUGGCUGACUAUAUUAAG